AUGACUCGUCUCAACCUGUCUUUCGUCGCCGCCUUCUUGGUCCUGGCUACCUGCGCUGUGUCUGCGCCCACUGGCACCAAGCGUGACGAGGGCCACGGCUUCGGACUUACUAAGGCCCUUGACGGCCUGGAGGCCAUCCCCAAGAUCAUGGAGGGUCUUGACAACAAAGUCGCCAACGGCAAGCAGAAAGAGGCCGCUAAGCCCCCUGCUGUUGACAACAACGAGAAGACAGAGGAGGAGGCCAAGGCAGAGGAAAAGACCAAGGAACAGAACCCCACUGCUGCUGGAAAUGAGGAGAAGGUCGCUAAGGACCCAGUCCCUACUCCCACUGAUAAGAACCUCUACUCCGGCAACUUCGCUAGCGCCACUCCGAAGAGCUCUGUCCACCCGACCUCGAAGCCCAAUGCCCUCGGCGCUCUCCCCGUUGUUGGUGGUCUUCUGGGCGGUACCGGCGCUACUCUAUAG